AUGAAGAGGAGGAGUAGCAGAAUUAAUGGAGGCCCUAAUAAGAGAAGGCUGUUCUCAUGUAAAGGGUUUGGAGGGUUCCUUCGAGAGCAAAGAGGUAGGCUCUACAUCAUCAGAAGAUGUAUUGUUUUGCUUCUCUGCUCCCAUGAUUAAUCCAUGCACACAUUCAUUCAUUUAAAUUAAAUGUAUUUCACAAACUAAUAAUACUAAUCAAAGCUACCCAUCAAUUCUUUUUCUUCCUC